GACAAAGUUCACUUGUGUAGAAUUGGGAGCAUUAACUGAGGGGCCAUUUUGAAUCUGUGGUCAAAGGAAAUGACUGGUCUGAAGCGGCCUGGCAGCCUGAGCCGCCAGGUACUGCCGCCCUCCUGGGAGUGCCUGAGGGUCUAAGGAUAACUCCGGACUAUGGUGAUUCUCACAGAGGACCUUGAGAUUGCUGCAAUUUGAUCAAUGUCAAAUGUCACUGCAUUUGCCCUGAGACACUUGCCCUAGAGGAUGGCCAAAGGACUCCUGAUGACCUAUGCCCUUUGGGCUUUUGGGGGUCCUGUUGGGCUCCACCACCUGUACCUGGGAAGGGACAGCCACGCCCUGCUCUGGAUGGUCACCUUGGGAGGUGGUGGGUUGGGCUGGCUCUUGGAAUUCUGGAAGCUUCCAAGCUUUGUGGCUCAAGCCAAUAGAGUCCAGAGUUGGAAACCGAGGCCGGAAGAGGAGAGACCACCUGUGAGUCUCCUUCGCUUUGCUUCCCAGAUGGUAGUCGGUGUCUAUUUUGGUCUUGUGGCUCUGGUUAGCCUUUCUUCCAUGGCCAACUUCUAUAUAGUGGGCCUCCCACUGGCUGUUGGCUUAGGAGUCUUGCUGGUAGCUGCUGUUGGUAACCAGACCUCGGACUUUAAGAACACCCUAGGAGCAGCCUUCCUCAUUUCCCCUGUGUUCUAUGGCCGCCCCAUAGCCAUCCUGCCUAUCAGUUUGGCUGCCAGCAUUACAGCCCAGAAGCAUCGCCGAUACAAAGCUUCGGCGGGGUCAGAGACACUUAGUGUGCGGCUCUACCGCGUGGGCUUGGCUUACCUCGCAUUCACAGGCCCGCUGGCAUACAGUACUGUGUGUAACACAGCUGCCACCAUUAACUACGUGGCAGAAACCCUGGGUUCCUUCUUGAGUUGGUUCAGCUUUUUCCCACUUCUUGGCCGCCUCGUGGAGUCUGUCUUGCUUCUGCCUUGCCGGAUCUGGUGGCUACUGGUCGGGGGUCCUGGCUUCAACAGCAGACAGUUCCAGGAGUGGGAAAAGCUCUAUGAGUUUGUCGACAGUUUUCAGGAUGAGAAACGUCAGCUGGCUCACCAGGUUCUGGGCGUUCCAGAAGGAGCAACAAAUGAAGAAAUACAUCGGAGUUACCGAGACCUGGUGAAGGUCUGGCACCCAGACCACAACCAGCACCAGACGGAGGAGGCCCUGAGACACUUCCUGGACAUCCAGGCUGCCUAUGAAGUCUUGAGUCAGCCCAAGAAGCCCCAAGCAUCCUGGGGGUGACAAGCAACCAUUCAGGGAUGAGCUCCGUCUUCUCAACACCAUCCUCAAAACCCAGGAGCUGACAGUUAAAGCAGCAGCUGGCAGAGGGAUGAGGAAAUCCUUACACGGAUGAGAAGGGUAGAAAAUAUAUUUAUGUGUUGAAUU